UUCGAAAUCGUCGUCCUUCAGAUGUUCGUGAGCGGGUCCUGCGGGGUCCUGCUCUUCCUCGUCGCUUCCGGAGGAACGAUGUCGGUCCAGAUUCGCGCAGCCUCCGAGAAGAGCGACCUCCUGAUCGUGACCUCGCUCUUCAGCUUCCUCGGCGCCCUUGUCCACCUGCUGGACGUCUUCUUGAUCCUCUUUUUCGGCUACUGAUCGAUUGCCGAUCCUCGAGAGGUCGACGCCUCGAGGCCAACUUCAGGGCGAGGUAACCUUCUUCUUCGAAAUUCCCCGCGGAAGGCCCCGAGGAUGCCCCUGAGAUCGCCGAUCGUCCCUGGGAUCUCUUCUGGUCGGGAAGGAAAUGAUCGAUUCAAAGAGUGAACACCUCUGAGGUCAGUCGCGGCCUUGGAAAUCCGAUUCCUGGGGGAGGAAGGACCGCAUCGAGGUAACCUUCUCCUUCCUCGAAGAAGUAGAAAUCCCGGAAGAAAUCGGUCAGUUAAAAAAUCCCGGAAGAAAUCGGUCAGUUAAAAAAUCGUGGAAGAAAUCGGUCAGUUAAAAAAUCCCGGAAGAAAUCCGUCAUUUAAAAAAUCCCAGAGAUUCUUCGCCAGCUCCCUGACCUCCAGGUGAAAUCUCGAGGAAGUUUCCCGUUUUCGAGUUUCGAAAGUCCGCUCCAAAAUGAUGGGCCCAGCUUGUGGUCUGGGGGGAGGGUGCCCAGCACCCACGACGGGCGUCUGCGACGAGGCCUGCACCCUGCCCAUGGCCAAGCCCAUCAGGAUAUUCCAAUUCCUGUUCGUCACCGCGCUCUUCGCCCUGACCAUCUACACGAUCUCGAGGAACUCCCCGUACCAACAGGUGGAAGGGAUCCUCUUGACGGUCCUCUUUGGCAGCUUCCUCUUCAUCGCCCUCAUCGACAUCAUCAGUCAGUUUGGAGGAGACCCGAUUCCGGACACCCCGAUGUUCCUAUUCGGGGUGGUCGGCACGCUGCUCUUCCUCAUGGCAGCUGGAGGCAUUUUCUUCAUCAGCAGGAGAGAAGAGGUCGAGGAUGUCUGGAGGCUCACCGUGUCGACGGUCCUGGCUGCUGCGUGCUCUCUUCUCUUCCUCCUGGACGUCCUCUUGAUAUUCCUCUACGGAUAUUAAGGAAGGAACGAGAACUGCAAAAUUUUCAUCUUUAGCCCAUCAGCUUGUUGUAUCUCCUCACCUUGUAUAUACAAUACAACGUCCUUGUCUAUGAUUUUUAGAGUGAGAGUAUUUUUUUCUUCUCUUCUGUUCCUCCUGGACGUCCUUU